AUGAGAUACGACAAGUCUAUCCCACAACUGCGGAUUCUCCAGGUCAAUGUGGCCCGGAGCCCAUCCCCUCAUGAAGCAGCCCUCCAAAUAGCCUUUGAACAAGAUUACCAUGCCAUUCUUGUUCAAGAGCCAUGGAUCUCCAAUAUCCGCACACGCCGCCUCUCCAAGCAUAGCCCAGCUUUCCAGCUUUUUACACCA